AUGAGAUCAGAACAACUGGUUAGAGCACCUGUUAGCACAAACAAUUUACUGUACCAGAUGGGCACCCACCACCAGCCCCCCAAAGUCCCAUCUCUGGACAUCUGUCUCCCUGUAGGCCUUCCUUGGGAGGCUACGUGUCAGCAUCCCGUCUGGGGAGAUAAACACUAAUUGGUCCCGGCAUAUCAUCUUGGGAUUAAGUCAACACACGCAGCACACGAGCCAGGGUGGGCAAGCGGGCAAAGUCACCUCCACCGAGACUCUACCCUCCCCCCCCCAACUACACCACCACCUCCCUCUCACCCCCUACCCGCGGCCACACUCCGCACAUUAACCAGUGAAAUUCACACAAUGUGCCAUGACAUCACUGCCCCUCCGGCUUAAAGAUGGACACCCAACUAUCUUUGGUGAUUCUUAUAUUCUUUUGACGCCCUCAUCGCUCUAUCUCCUUCCUCAGUAACCUGAGCGCAGCACCCAUCUCUACCUGCACUCCUUGUUCCUCGUCCUCUCAGCUCCGAGGUAAGACUCCGAUUCACGUUCCCCUUUCAGUUUUUCUAUCCGCAGGAUAUCUGAUCCAGAUUUAAAACAGAGAGGUUUAGCCACCCUGAUAAAAUUAUGACUAAUGAUUUAAAGUCCUUACCCCGAUAAUACAGCUCUGCUCCUCUGAUCUAGAUUAACUUCUUUCAUGUUGGGGUCAGCAGAGAGGAAAUAAACAGACACAAGGGUCUCUUUAUACAGAGAUGUCCCUUUUGAAAUGAAGAUUGAGAUAUUUUUACACAAUAGUUUUGGAAAGAUUCCUGGAAGAGACACAUCAGAACUUGUCACAGAUAAAAUACCACCUAGAGAAAAACACACUAUUACAGACACAAAAUGUUGCAAGUAAAGAAAUAUAUAUUUUUUUAAAUCACAUUUUUUUUCUAUAUAUAUUUUAUAUUUUUUAUAUAUUAUUUCUAAAUCGCAAACAACAUGAAUUUGAAUAUUUGUAACUAGACUAGUAUUGAAAUGCUAAGAAACAGAUCUUUUAAUAUUUUCAUUAGAUAUCAAAUUCAACUUUUACUUUUUACAGGCAAUGCGGUUUCUGGCAAAAAGUUUAAGAAACAUGGUUCUUGAUAUUUGGCUUGAAAACAUGUACAUGUAUAUACAUUUAGUUUAAAAAAUAUAUAUAUUUCUAUUGUUUUUAUAAUUUAUCUGAAAGUUUUAAAUUUUAUUUUAUAUUUUUUUUAUUAUUCUCCCUUAUUUCUUUAAAAAAAAAAAGUAGAAAGAUAUAUUUUUUGCUGAGCAUGUUAUGGGGUCUAAUGACGUUAUAAAGAAAGGCAGCAGAAAUGGGUUUAAUAUUCAGAGACUGGCGACACGGUCCAAUACCAGGUGUCAGUCAGUUUGUGAAUUAGUGUCCACCCUGUGGAGAUCGGUUUAUACAUCGAUAAAGCACUCGCUAACACAAUGCCUCAGUCUGUCAUCACUUUGUAAACUGUGAGCUGUGCCCUGCAUGUCCAUCCACAGUUUAACUGAGAACUUUUUGUACAACUACAAUUUAACAAUAGACCUGCUGUGUUCUAAUUAUUAUUAUAUGCAAUAGACUAAAACAAACUUUACUAAUUAUGAAGAAUAUAUUAAAACAUCAGUAUAUUUUACAGAUAAAAUAUAUUCAUUAACUGAAUAUAAUUUUCCCUAAAUAACAUUUAUUUUUUAAUAUAGUGUUAUUUUCAUUUACAUUUUAUAGUAUACAUUAGUAUAUUCAGUCUACCUUAAAUGCUGACACGCAUCGGUCAUUUAAAUCGAAAACAUUGAACGCUAUAGACUGUAAGCUCGUUUGAGCAGGGUCCUCUUCAACCAAUCGUUCCUGUAAGUUUUCUGGGAAUUGUCCUAUUUAUAGUUAAACCCCCCCUAAUAAUAUUGUAAAGCGCUAUAGAAUCUGCUGGCGCUAUAUAAAUGGCGAUAAUAAUAAUAGUCAGUGUGUGUUUAUAUUUAGAGAUAUUUGAAACAUAAAUGAAAUACAAUCUUGAUAUUAUGUCUAUAGACGUAGAGCCCUUAUGCCCGCUGCAGUAUAAAUGAUGACAAAUUUAAUGAAUGCGUUCAGAGUUCCAACAUGCCCAUUUUCCGGUUAUACGUUUUAUGGGAAUUUUUUAGUUUUUAAAUAGCUGAGGCCCUGACAUGUUUUAAACCAACGAUCUCACAUAUUUUAUAAGAAGAAAUUUCCUACGCCCAGUGCGAGAUCCUUACUUGAUCGCUUGAUACUAGACUUUUGGAUGGAAAAGGUACCCCAGAAUUCAAAUUAUAAAGGUGACACGGGGCUCCCAUUAUUACACGUGAGUGAAAAAUAUUCAUGUCCUAAAUCUGCAGAAAUUCAUCUUAAACUCAUGUUUCUGAUGUAAUAAGACAGAGCUUUCACUUUUUCUAUCUCGGGUUUAUAUAUAUAUUUACAUGUUUAUUGUUAUUUAUCUUUUUUCUAUCACAUAUAUAGAAAUAAACACAAUGUAGGAAUAAGGCGACGUCUACGGUUUUCUACCAGGUUUUUAAAAACACAUAGCAAGCACGAAAGUGUAGCCCACAAAUAGUGCAACCUAAAUAUUGGAGAGGAGUGAUGUGGGCUGCAGAGCUUGCAGCUUGACAUCUAUCGUAACCAUACGACACCAUUUAGGUUUACAAUGGUAACGGCAAACUGUGCAGCAUGUCCUGGUCUCCAGAGCUUGCACUCUAGACAUCUAUCGUUAUCGCGUAACACCAUGUCUGGAUUUACAAUGUUAACAGCAACCGUGCAGAGUGUCCUUGUCCCCAGAACUUGCAAUUCAGAGGCUGGGUAUUAAACAUAGACUUGGGAGCUUGACUUUCAGUGUAAUGGUGUUUGCAUGUGGACAAAAAAAAGCUAUUCUAUCCCCUGAAGCUUGCAAUCUAAUUUAAAUAUAUAAAAGUAUAAUAUUGAAGACUAGGAGAUACCGGUCAGAGGUUUGCAGUUGGUGAAGUUUAGCAAAUCCUUUAAAAAUGUUGAAUUCUGAAUGGUUUGUUUAUAGUAAAGCUACAUUUUUGUAACAUAUUCAGCCAAAAUAGCAGAACGUAACAGCAUUUUAUAAAACAUUAUCCAUUUAAACAGAAUAAAGGAUUUUUACAAGAAGAAAGAAUAAAGUCUAAGGAUACGAUAUCUAUAAACUCAUUCUAAAAUAAACAGAAUGGUAAAAAAGGUACAAGAAAUGAACAGAUAGGAGACACCCCGAGUAAGUCCUCGAUUUAAUCUUUUCAAACUAUCACAAUCUAUAAACUUUUCAAAAUUAUUUAUCUACAAUAUUCCCACAGUCGUUAGUAGUGACUUCUUUAGAUAUUUCAUUUGAAAAGUUUUUUUUUCUAACAGAUUGUGAUCGUUGGAAGAGAUUAUUCAAAAAUAUUAAAUUGAGACCUGAUCAGAGGAGAGGGGGAGAAUAGAAGAGUAGAAAUAUCUAGAAGUAAAUGAGAUGACAGACACAUGUAGAGGUGGUACAGUAAUGGCUUUUAGGGGGUUAUCGUGUUGUGACGGUGAAGGGUUAAUCCCCUAAAUUCCAUAAAACAAUGCUCUUUUCUUUGAAUGGAAUGAUUAAUCCACUGUGAUUCCUAGUCCCACAAGCUUGCUAAUUGGCACCCCUACCAACCUUUAACCCUCGCAGGCCCCUGGCGGAGACAGUCACACGCUGGCUCUUUCUGAAAUUAAAUCCCGAAUCCGGGAUUGGAGAAGGCCAAAGCUGAGGUAUUUACUCAGACUUUGUUACCCAGCAAAACGACUCCCUAAACUUGUAUUUCUAUGAUUAUUAUUAUUGGGGGACAAAGGAGACACCUCACCGUUUUGUUUUCCCUUGUUUUGCAGGCGGUGUAGUACUGGAUAAGAUUCUGACUUCUCCUGACAUUAAGGUAAGGAAUGGGGAUUUAUUAACACAGUGUGAUUCUGUUAGCAUUCAUGGAGUCAUUUGUUAGAGGCAGUUUUCUUAGAAUAGUAUUGGGCCUUUAUAUGUCAAAGCCUGGGCAGUCAGCUUACAUCUUAUUAUUUGGGAGUCCUUCCAUACAAGCAGAGACAAAUUGACUGAUCACUUGGAUAAUUAGAAAUGUACCACUCUGACAUCCUUCUGACACAGGUCUACCUAGUCCAACCUAGUCCAAAACUGUCAUGAAGCAAAAAUCUACUGUCUGCACUCAGAAGAAAUACCAUUAUGGGAUCUCUGCUGACUACCCACAGUCUGUAGUCAGCAGAGAUCCCAUCACUCACUGCCUGUACUCACAGAUCCCAUUACUUACAGUCUGUACUCAGCAGAUAUCCCAUCACUUACUGCCUGUACUCACAGAUCCCAUCACUAACAGUCUGUACUCACAGAUCCCAUCACUUACUGCCUGUACUCACAGAUCCCAACACUUACUGUCUGUACUCAGCAGAUAUUCCAUCACUUACUGCCUGUACUCACAGAUCCCAUCACUAACAACAGUCAGUACUCAGCAGAGAUCCCAUCACUAA